UCCUGUUUAGCCGGCUGCUAGAUGGAAGGUCGAGAAAUCGACAACCCCCGUCAACAACAAACACACCUCCGGAUUCCGUGCUUUUAGUCAUCAUGCCCAUGUACCAGUUAAAUCCCGUCAGUCCCGGUGACAUAAAGAUUGAUUUGCCAACGUGCAUGUACAAGAUACCGAAUAUCCACGCGCAGGGAAUGAGCUGCAGCGAGCACGCGCUCCAGAAUGGGCAAGUGGAUCCGGCCCUUAAAACUCUGGAAGCUCGUCAGGACGAGAUCUUGGAAAGACUGCAUGAACUAAAGGCAACUGUUGAUGGCGUCUCAAAGACAGUGACCACUCCUGAUGCAGACCUGGACGCCACAAAACUCUCACAUGGACCAUCUGCAUCUGUGUUUAAACACACAGCAGAUCUGGACUCCCUAUUGGGCAAGGACCUGGGCGCAUUGAGGGAUAUUGUGGUUAACGCCAACCCCGCCAGUCCUCCUCUGUCUCUGCUGGUCCUUCAUGGACUGCUGUGCCAGCGGUACAAGGUGCUGUCCACUGUACACGUCCACUCCUCCUUGACCGCCGUACCCCCUCCACUGCUGACCUGCCUGGGCCCGCGGCACAUAGACAGCUACGCCCGCCAUCGCUUCCAGCUCGGCUUCACCCUCAUAUGGAAAGAUGUGUCAAAACUGCAGAUGAAGUUCAACACACAGAAAAUGUGUCCCAUUGAGGGCGAGGCCAACGUCGCUCGCUUCCUCUACCGUCUUUUGGCCGCUGCACCACAAGACCCCAUCGCCGUCACUCAAAUGGACUGCUGGAUCGAUACAGCAGUCUUCCAGCUGGCUGAGGGGGGCAAUAAGGAGCGAGCAGCCGUGCUGGGGUCACUAAACAAGGCUCUGGAUCAUUCGCCAUGGCUUCUGGGUCAGGAGUUCUCACUUGCCGACAUUGUGUGUGCCUGUUGCGUUCUGCAAGCCAGCCAGAGCACCUCUGCACCUGCCAACAUACAGCGCUGGCUCAAGUCCUGCCAGAACCUGGGCCACUUCGACUGCAUGUCUGCAUUACUGCAGUGACCAGAGCUCUGAGAUCAGUGCAGGUUGUGCUCCAGGAAGUCAUGUCAUGAAAUGGGUAAAACAUUGUGACAUCACCAUUAACCAAAUGUAAACGGACACCUAGGAUUCGGUUCGGAAGGACAAAAACUGUUUCUUCCCAGAAUCCUGUAUGACCUGACCUGAUCUCAGCUCAGUGAUGUUAUUUAGGUGUUCCAGUUAGUACAAUGAUGUCAUUGAUGUUUUACAGUAGUAGUUCACCCAAAAAUGGUACAUCUGUCAUCAUUUACUCACCCUCAUGUUGUUUCAUACAAUCAAUGAAAUUCAAGUGAAUACUUUUUGUGGUUGCUCUUUUCCAUGUCAUUACAAUGAAUGGGGACUGAAACUUUCAGACUUCAAGAAUGAAGCAAAAGCAUCAUGAUAGUGGUCCGUUCGACUUGUGUGCUAUAUUCAAAGGUUUUUGAAGCCAUUUGAUAGCUUUGUGUGAUGAACAGACCGAAAUGUAAGUCCAUUGAGUCACCAAGUUAAACUUGAGAACUGAAACAGUCAUUUCGAAUCAGUUUUUUGAACUUGAUCAAUUGAUUCAACUCAAAAGAACAAUGAAUCCGACUUCUCAUGAACUCUCACGAAGGACAAAUGAUGUCAAGAUUUUCAGUGAAUAAGUAUUUAAAUCUCUGCACACUAAACUAUCAUUUGGCUCCAGAAGACUUGGAACAUAGCACGCUCAUACAAGCUACUUUUAUGAGGCUUUUUCAAGCUUUUUGUAGCUUGAAAGCUUCAAAAUAUAAACAGUCACCAUUGAAAUAACAUUGCAAUUCCUUUUGUGUUCCAUGAAAAAAGAAAACUCAUGGGUUUGUAACAAUAUGAGUAAGAUUAAGUAGGAUUUACAUUGUUGGGUGUACGGUUCCUUUAACUGGAGUUUAUCUGAAACUGGUCCCAGUCCAGGGUCGAGCUGUAAACACUCAGAGAUAUUUGGGAUAAAUUUUAAGGAAAGGAUGAUACUGUAACACAACUCCCUCCCGCCUUGUGCCUAAUGCAAAGUUGUACUAAAAGAUGUGCGUUUUGUGUUGCUAUCACAUUAUUAUAUUGUUUGUUACAUGAGGCGUUUGACAUGUGAUCCCAAGGACCUACUAGUAUGUGACAUAUGAGAGGUGAUACUUUGAAGUGUCUUUUUCUUUAAACCUAUUAAAAGUUUUCACAUCUGG